UAAUAGCUAUUUGGAACUAGUAUUUAUUUAUUCAAUAAAUUGUAAAAGAAUAAAAUAAUCGAGGAAAAUAUUCUGAAACGCGGAGAGGGAUAGCGGAGUAAAUUCACGCUCCAGUUAGAACUAGUUGAACUGGUAGAAAGCUCAUUUUAUAUACCUAAGCCCAGAUUUUCACUUCGCAUUCUCUUCUCUUAUUCUCUCUUUUGUGGUUCAGUUAUCAAUUGGUGGUUAAUUUGGUUUAGAUUUUGAUCAGUAAGAAACACUAUGGCUAAGAAGAAGAAUCCUAUGGUGUUUAUGGAUGUGUCUAUAGAUGGGGAUCCUGCUGAAAGAAUGGUUUUUGAGCUUUUCCAUGACGUUGCUCCAAAGACUGCUGAAAAUUUCCGUGCACUGUGUACCGGAGAAAGAGGAGUCAGUCCUAAUACUGGAAAAUCACUGCACUACAAGGGUUCUUUUUUCCAUCAAAUCAUAAAAGGCUCCAUUGUGAAGGGUGGUGAUUUUAUCAAUCGAAAUGGGACUGGUGGAGAAAGCAUUUACCCCAAGUUCCCAGAUGAGUCUCCUAAGCUAAAGCAUGAUUCUCUAGGCCUUCUAUCCAUGGCAAUUGCUGAUCGUGACACUCUUGGUUCACAUUUUAUCAUCACUUUGAAAGCUGAUCACCAUCUGGAUAGGAAGCAUGUAGCUUUUGGCAAACUUGUGCAAGGGUAUGAUGUAUUGAAGAAAAUUGAAGAUGUGGGUGAUGAAGAAGGACUCCCAUCCGUAACUGUUAAAAUAGUUAAUAGUGGUGAACAUAAUGAGGAUGGUAAGAAGACUCACAAGUCAAAAAUUGGAAGGAAUGGAUCUACUGAAGCCAUUAGUCAUGAAGUGCGGAGGAAGGGAAAACAUAGAAAGUCUUCAGGAGACAGAAGGAAAAAGAGAAAACAUUACUCAUCAGAAUCAGAUAGUUCCUCAGAUUCAGACACAGAAUCUUCAGAAAGUGACACUGACUCUGACUCGGAUUUGUCCUCUUCAUCUUACACUAGCUCUUCUAGUGAUGAUAGGCGAAGGAAGAGAAAGAGAUCCAGGAAAGAUAAACAUAGACAUGGAAAAAGAAGAGAUAAACGCCGAGAAAAGAAGCGAAGGAAACUAGAUAAGCGAUCAAAACGUAAAUCAAAGAGGGAGUCAGACAGUCAAACUGAUACAGAUAGUGCAAGUAAGAGUAACGAUAGCUCCAAUGGCCUAGGUCUUGAUACUCAAGGGAAAAUUCAAAAGCAUGAAGAUCAUGCUCAGAGAAAUGCCGAAGUCCAGUCAUCCUCAGUUUUGGAGAAAGAAUCAUCUCCUAUGAAUCUUAAAAAGAGGGAGGAGCUGAGCAAUGUAGAGGAUGGAGAAUUCCCGAAGGAAAAUGGAGCGCAGCGUAGCAACGGCAUUGGGGCCAACCAUAGAUCUGACAGAUACGAAGAGAGGCAGCCUGACGUGAUGGAUGAUAAUCCAGGAAAAUCUAGGAGUCGAAGCAUGAGUCCUAAGCAAACCGUGAGCAAGAGUAUGAGUAUUAGUCCCAAGCGUGGGAGCAAAAUCCCAAGCAUUAGUCCAAAAGAGAGGUUGAUCAGAAGUCCAAGUGGUAGUAGAAGCCCUCAUGCUCCGUCACAGAGGAGUUUGAGCAGGAGUCCUGUUAGAAGCAUCAGCAGAAGCCCUGUGAGAGGGAGGAAGGGGAGAAGUAUCAGUAGAAGCCCUGUGAGAGGGAGGAAGGGGAGAAGUAUCAGUAGAAGCCCUGUGAGAGGGAGGAAGGGGAGAAGUAUCAGUAGAAGCCCUAUGAUAACACACAUUCAUAGAAUUGUUAGCAAGAGCCCUGUGAGAAGUCCUGACCGCAGAAGUUUUAGCAAGAGCCCUGUGAGAUCUAUUUCUCAAAGUCGUAGGAGCAGGAGUUCUGCUAGAGUAUCAACACGAAGAACAGUCAGUAGGAGUCCUGUGAGAGUGUCAAGAAAGAGCUUCAGCAGAAGUCCAAUUAGAUCAUCUGCCAGAAGUCUCAGCAGAAGUUCUGGCCGAGCUCCUUUGAGAAGCAUUAGCCGAAGUCCUGUUAGAUUGGCAGGGAGAGGCAAUCACCGCAGCUAUUCCAGGAGUCGUAGCCCUGUCCGUAGGGCAAGGACACCACAAGAGAGGAGUCUGUCAAGGAGUGUGUCACCUGAUGCUUCACCAAAACGUAUCAGGAGAGGAAGGGGUUUCAGUGAACGAUACUCUUAUGCUAGAAGGUACAGAACCCCCUCCCGGUCUCCUGUCAGGUACCGCUCCCGGUCUCCUGUCAGAUACCGCUAUAACGGAAGGAAUGAUCGUGACAGAUAUUCUGGAUACAGAAGGUACUCCCCAAGGCGUAAUAGGAGCCCGCUGCCACGGAGAAGAACUCCACCAAGGUACCGAAGUAGGAGAAGCAGGACACCAUCUGUAUCAUGCAGCCCACCUCACCGUUCUCGACGGUAUAGCCCAAGCCGUAGCCCGGUUCGCCAUCGCUCACCUCCUCGUGUGAAUAGGCGCAUGUCAUCAUCCCUUAGCAGGAGUCCAUCUCGAUCCAGGUCUUCUGUGGAAUCACAGUCUCCAAGGAAAGCAAGCAAAGAUAACAGGUCAAGGUCUUCUUCUAGAAGCUCAGAUGGAGGGAAAGGCUUGGUGUCUUACGGAAAUGGCUCUCCUGAUUCAAGCCAAAAGUGAAAUGCCAAAUUCGGACUGUUCAAAGCCGUCAUCUUAAAUGAGCUGGAGCCUUUAAUUUCUUAAAACUUCACAUACUGCUUUACCUGCUUGCUGGAAUUGGUGAAUGUUACAUUGUUACAUAUUCUUCAUGAACCAAGUUAGGAAUUUGUAGUGAGUUGAAAUAUCAUAGCUAUUAGAAUAAGUCUGACUAAACAUGCCAUAUGCAGUUUUAGCUGUGGAGUUGGGGUUUAUCCAAUAUUUCUUGUAGUAAGUAGCAUGAGUUUAAUUGAUGGAGAGAUUUGGCCAAUCCUUUAUGGUGGGGGGCAUGCGAAUUAAUUCUAUGGGUGUGUGAGGAUAUUGGUCAGUAUAUCUCUAUAUCAAUUAUUAAAUCAUGGAUAUUUUGUUA